AUGGCUCCAGCGCCAGACAUCGCGAAUGAUGCGUCGGCUUUCGAACGUGCGUUUCGUGACCACCUUACGACGUUGACUUUCAACAGUAAGCAGAUUAUCACGAUGUUAACCAUCAUGGCUGACGACUACAAGGACCGCAUGUCAACUGUUGUGGCUCGAGUGCUCGACACACACAUCACAUCCAGCCCGCCGCAAUUCAGGCUGCCUUCGCUCUACCUACUAGACUCCAUAUGCAAGAAUAUCGGCUAUCCGUACCACGUGCUUUGGGCGCCGCACAUAGCCCGGAUCUUCAUGGAUUCGUAUCGUGUCGUUGACUUGCCGGUUAAAGCUAAGCUUGAAGACCUGCUUGCUACAUGGCGCGAUUCUGGAAGCGAUGGUGGCCCUCUAUUUGGCUUUGAUGCCCAGAAACAACUCGAAAAAGCACUGUACUCGUCAGCAGAGGGUCACCGUUCUGAUCCGCGCUUGCAGUCUGCACCCGGAUCCGCGGGUCAGAGCAUGCAGCAGCAGUCCAAAGUACAUAGUUUGCUCAGGAGAAUCAACUCACAACUCGAGCUCGGCUCACAAGAGCAGUAUCGCCAUCCUGACAACGUCGAGCUCGUCUCGCGGCUAGAAGCUCUACGAGGGCUGCGCCAAGUGGUCCAGACUGGCACGCUUCCUGAGGACGACUAUAGCAGGAUCGAUGAACAGUUGUCAGCCAUGGAGCACGCCCCCACUCCGCAGCCUCCUGGGCCCGCCCCAGGCCCACCGCCGGCGGGUGUGACCACUCCGGAGCGGAUAGGCGGUCUACCAAGCAAUCUCGCUGCCUCACUCAAUGCACUUGGCAGUGGGGCCACCAGCGAUGAAGCUGCUGCUUCGGGCAACGUAGCUAGCGAUCUCUUCUCUAAGCUAAUGGCAUCCGGUCUCUUGGGCAAUGUCGCGCAAUCCCAGCCGCAAGAGCCAGAGCAAGACGAUGAAUACACCCGGAUGAUCAUGACUUCCGAUAUCAAGCUGACUGUGCACGAGCUGCAGCGCGAUCUCUCCUCGUCGUUGCUUGAGGAUGCGCUGCUGUUGCGCGGAUAUCUGCCUGCGCAAUGUCGCCAGUGUGCGCGGCGCUUUCCAACAGGUGACAAAGGCCAGCGAAGCAAAGAUGAGCAUCUCGAUUGGCAUUUCAAGCAGAACAAGCGCGUGAAGGAUAGCUUGGCGCGUGGACAAUCGCGUCAGUGGUUUCCGAAGCUGGAAGAAUUUAUUCGCGGCGGCUUCGACGACUCGCCCCCCACUGCGGGUGUUGAGUCGGGCGCGGAGAAUGGGGGUGCCGGGGGAUCAGUCAUGACGGUGGAACAAGAGAAGGUACUGAAGGCCAAGUUUGCUUCGUUGUACGUGAUUGCGCCAACAGACCCGACUGUAGCCGCUCAGCCAUGCCCAAUUUGCAAGGAAAGCUUCAAGAGCGUCUAUAACGAAGAAGAGGAGGAGUGGGUAUGGUACGACGCGAUUGAGGUGAACAGCAGUUACUAUCAUGCCUCAUGCUAUCAUUCUGCCGAAAGCCUGUCGGCCUCGGUGAAGCGCGACAGCACGCCGGCGGAUUCAAGCGAUACUACAGCGCAUCCACGGUCACGAAGCACAACGCCUGCAUUGGCCGGUACAGUCAAGGACGCAAAACACGGUGCAGCGGCUUUGGACCCAGUCUCGCGGCUUAAGGAAGAGGAAGGCAUCUCAUCACCAAAACGUAAGCGAGAAGAGAUGGAUGAUCCGCAGGAAGGUGAACAGGAGGCGGUAGGAGAAUCAGGGAGUCCGCCUGCGAAAAAGGUGGCAAUCAAUCGGGAGGGAGAUGUGCAGGCAUGA